AUGCAUAUCAAACUCCUUCCCACUCUGGGCCUCAUGCUCCCCCUCUUUACAGCAGUGGCGCAAGCAAACGUGGAAAAAACCAUCUUCCUAGCACCAGCACCUGUAACCGUUCCCUCCGAGGAGCCAGAUCUCGACGACCUAGGUUUGGAGCGCCUAUCACCACAGAGGCCCGUGGUGCGCACUCGCCUCAAUGCCUCAUUUCCAACAACUGCCAUGCCUGGCGGUACGGACUCGUGGUUCUUCCUUGAAAACUUGAACCCAGGCCAGCGGUAUGAAGUACGAGUGUGCUGGCUAGCCACACAACCAACAACAUUCACCCUCGCGACCUAUGUGCCAAAAGAAAUUGAAGACAAAAGUCUGUUGUCUUCCUUUAGCGCGUACGCAGCAGCCCGACUCGAAACCCUAGACACAAGUCUCCAAGUAAAUGCCAUCCCGCGCCGCGUCAGUCCGCACAGGCGCGAAGAUCCACUCGACCCUGCGCCGACCAGUGACUCCGUCCUGUUUCUGCAUGUACAAGCUGCAGCAGAUUAUUUCAGCACAGACCAAGCAUUGAUGCAGAAUGUUCCACCCGUGGCGGUAGAUUUGAUUCUUGACCCAUUCCUGUUCAAUGUGUUCCCGCGCUCGUUGGUGCCGACUGCUGGGUGGAUUGUACUUGUUACUGCUCUCGCGGUGGUACUGGGGAAUUGGGUUGUGAAGGAGGUUGGGAGGGCCGUGAAUGAUGCUAGGAGGCAAAGCGUUUUGGAGGAGUUGAAGAAGAAAUAG